AUGCCUCCAAACCUCACAGCUCAAAUCAAGCAUAUACACAAUGUCCGAUUACCCGGACAACCGUCAACAUGGAAUAUAACAAUAUCAUAUCCCACAUCCAGCGGCACAAUCACAUCCGUAACCCCGCAUGAAGAGCAAGAGCAAGACACAAAGUUAACACAAACACAAACCACCAAUUCCGAAUCAGAAGCGACGUCAAAGUCAGAGUCAGAGUCACAGCCACCCCUAGCCCUACCACCAUUAACACAUCCACACAUCCACCUCGACAAAGCAUUCAUCCACAGCACACCAAACUACGCCCCCUUCCUCCCAAAAACAGGAACAUUCAAAGAAGCACUAAACAACACAACAAAAGCAAAAGAACAAUUCACCCAAAGCGACCUCCUAAAACGAGGCACAUGGCUCCUCGCCGAAUCAUUCGCGUCCGGCGUAACAGCCAUGAGAGCAUUCGUCGAAGUGGACCAUACGGUCCAACAUACCUGCCUAGACGCGGCAAUUGAAUUAAAAGAAGAAUGGAAAACAGCCAUUGAAAUCCAAAUCGUUUGUUUUGCCCAGGAUCCGAUUUUCUCUACUCAACACGGGGAAGAGAAUAUGUCUUUAAUUACUGAGGCGUUGGAGAAAUAUCCCCAAACCGAUGUUCUGGGGACGACGCCCUAUGUUGAGACGAGUCUCGAGUCUGCAAAGAGGAAUAUCGAGUGGGCGAUUGAUUGUGCGAUGAGGUUGGGUAAACAUCUUGACUUUCAUCUUGAUUAUAAUCUUGAUGGGGGUAAGGAGGCGCUUGUUUGGUUUGUUUUAAGUGCGCUCAAGGAACGCGGGUGGACGGCUGCUUCGACGAGGAAACGUGUUAUGCUGGGCCAUUGUUCGAGAUUGACGCUUUUCUCGGAGGAUGAGUGGAUCGCGCUUGCGCGUGAGAUUCGUGAGAAUGAUUUGCCGGUUAGUUUCGUUGGAUUGCCUACGAGUGAUCUCUAUAUGGCGGCGCCGCCGGUGGGUGGGAAGGAGACGGCACCUCAAUCUCGGCCAAGGGGCACGUUGCAAAUCCUUGAUAUGAUUCGGAAGUAUGGGCUUGAUGCUGUAAUGGGUGUGAAUAAUGUUGGUAAUUCGUUUACACCGUGGGGAUUGCCGGAUCCGUUGGCUUUGGCUUGUCUUGGUGUUGGGGUUUAUCAGGCCGGAAGUCAGGAUGAUGCUGAGCUGUUGUUUGAGUGUGUUUCGACUAGAGCCAGGGCUGCUAUUGGGUUGGAUUGCUCUGAUUUUGACUCUGGACUUUGUAUACGGGAGGGGUCUAUGGCUGAUCUUCUGUUGGUUUGUUGUCGGGAUGAGACUGGGUGUGGAAUUGUUCGCCCACGGACGAAUGCUGCUGAAGUUGUGUGGACUCCACCUGAGAAAGUUAAUAGGGAUGUGGUAUGUAGCGGACGAUUGAAGAUGUCGCCAUUUGGGAGCUCGGAAUCCGAGGAUUUGUAUCGGUUCGUGUGA